GCAAUCGCUUCUCGCGCACGAUAGACGUCUUUCCGCACAAUUGUUUAUCAAACGAUAUUCCUCGGUUCGUGUCGAAUCCAGUGCAAAAUGUCACACAGAACGAACACGCUUGUCGUGGACUUUAGUGUUCUUCCAACACGACCUCCGUUGGAGCAGGUGAAAAAGUUCCUGGAGAAGUCAAUCAAGCUUGACAUGGCUGAUGUUAAGAGCAUUCAGCUGCACAACCUCAACAACUGCGUGUUUAUCGAGAUGAACGAUGCAGGUGUAGCACCACGACUACAGCAGCAAAACCAUCUGAAACAUUCGUUCCAUCGUCUAGGCGUAAUCUAUCGCAUACCGGUGUAUGUUGAUGGCCCCACUACAACAAUCAAGCUACACGACCUUUCGCCACGCAUGCCGAAUACCACCAUCAUCAACCAUCUGAAACAAUAUGGCAAAAUAAUCUCCAUACGAAAUGAGACCUGGAAAAACUUCUUCCCGGGAGUGCUGAACGGUGUGAGAGUAGUGCGAAUGAUGAUAGAAAAACCGAUACCAUCGCGCAUCUCUAUCGAGAAUGAACCGACGCUAGUUACUGGCCAAAAACAAAAUGAUCAACCGCAAUCAAAGUGCCCAGUGGCGACUUCAGAGCCUACAUCAGAAAUACCAUCGAACACAUCCGAACAAAUCACUACCGGCCCUCCACCAGUUCAAACGGAAUCAAACGAAAGUGAAAACGACAAUGACGACGACGACGACGACGACGACGACGAUAGGCAAAUUGGAGCCAGCGCGAAAAGGCGAUUGUCAGCCGCAUCGGGAACAGCAAGCGACACACGUGCCGAUAACAUCCCAAAGAGACCGUGUGGUGAAGACGCUUACAAUACAGGCGAUACCAGAGAACAUGAUGAAGCGGACUGGAGAGUGUAUAACACACGAUCAAGAACAAAAAAAUAA